AUGGACAAACUGAGUCAGACAAAUGAUGACCUCCGAUACCAUCUGAGCAUAACAAGAGAGGAGCUAGAGCAGAGAGAGAGGUACAUUGACACCCUCAACCAGCAGCUAGUCAUUAUGUCCUCUGCAUCUAGAGAACAUGUCCACCAGCUUGGUACAACACAGGCAGAACCUGAGACUAGCAUAACCAGCAUGGCCUCCACCACACAGCCUGAUGACACUGCACCAGCCUCCCAGUCUGCUCCAGCCCAGGUCAGCCAACCAGCCUACCAGCCUCCCAGUCUUCUUCAGCACAGUGUGCUCCAGCCCAAGUCAACCUACCAGCCUCCCAGUCUGCUCCAGCCCAAGUCAACCUACCAGCCUACCAGUCUGCUCCAGCCCAGGUCAGAAUACCAGCCUCCCAGUCUGCUCCAGCCCAGGUCAACCUACCAGCCUACCAGUCUGCUCCAGCCCAGGUCAACCUACCAGCCUACCAGUCUGCUCCAGCCUCCCAGUCUGCUCCAGCCCAGGUCAGAAUACCAGCCUCCCAGUCUGCUCCAGCCCAGGUCAACCUACCAGCCUACCAGUCUGCUCCAGCCCAGGUCAACCUACCAGCCUACCAGUCUGCUCCAGCCUCCCAGUCUGCUCCAGCCCAGGUCAGAAUACCAGCCUCCCAGUCUGCUCCAGCCCAGGUCAACCUACCAGCCUACCAGUCUGCUCCAGCCCAGGUCAACCUACCAGCCUACCAGUCUGCUCCAGCCCAAGUCAACCUACCAGCCUCCCAGUCUGCUCCAGCCCAGGUCAGAAUACCAGCCUCCCAGUCUGCUCCAGCCCAGGUCAGAAUACCAGCCUCCCAGUCUGCUCCAGCCCAGGUCAGAAUACCAGCCUCCCAGUCUGCUCCAGCCUCCCAGUCUGCUCCACCCAGACAAUCACCCACAACUGCAAUCAUUAUAGAUUCAAAUGGGAAGUUCUUGGUCCAGGAAAAAUUAUUCCCUAGACACCAGGUGUAUAAGUUCUGGUGUCCUACAACUGAGAGUGCAAUGCAGCUCCUCAGUCAGACCAGGAUUGACACCCCUGACAACAUCAUCAUCCACACUGGCACAAACGACAUUCGUGCCAAAGGUGAAAAUGUAUCUGGGGCAGUGAGAAGAGUGGCAGAACGGGCACAGGCUAUGUUUCCAACAACCAAUAUAGUUGUGUCCACCCUCCUACCAAGAAAAGACUUCCCAGGACAGUUGAUCGACAAAAUAAAUCAACAGAUCACUGUGGACUGUGCCUCACUGCUCAACGUUAGAAUGGCUCACCAUCCCACUCUGGCAUGUGAACACUUAUACGAUAAUGUACAUCUUGAUCAGGACAGUGUCAGAACUUUUGCUAAGGACCUUAAGGAUACAACACUUGGCAGGGACCCACACACCCAUCACCCCAGCAGCAGGCCCCCCGCUCCACCUUCUGAAACAACAGUACCCCCACCAUCCCCAGGAGAGAAGAGCCAGACACGGCUUAUUACAGCACAGCUCUACAAGACUGGGCCCAACACAGCACAGAUUUACCAGACCAGACCCGCCUCAGGACAGCACGACCAGACGCGGCUCAUAACAACACAGCUCUACUAG